AUGGCCAUUAAGUACGUUCUCAGUACAGAUAAGAAAUCUCUUUUUAAUUCCUGUAAGGACACUCGAGCUGUAUGUUUACCUGGCUGUGACAUCACUCCAGUGGCAGAGAAAGAGGUCAAACAUGAGUUUAGUUCCUGUCACUAUAAAGGGAGGAGCCACCAAGAUAUCAGUCAGCCCAAGCGUCGGUUAAACCACAAUGACAGCUUCAACUUCCUCAUUCAUCCUGAACGGCAUCUGUCUACUGUCCUCUUGACAGACAGGUGUCUGAAGUCAAUGUCUUUCAAUAAUGCAUCAGCAUUAGAAUCAGCAAUGGGAGACUGGAGGAUUGAACACAAUCAAACAGGUCAGUGUGCAGCACUGCUGUCUCCUGUCAUUGGCAGUCUGAAGCUUGUGUCUGGAGAUGGCACCAGUGUUGGUACAGUGAUGACACUGCAGUGCCCGUCCAGACACCGUGCAGUGAGCGGCAGUCACAUCUCCUGUGUGUGGAGCAGCAACAGCACACACUGGACUGGAGGCACUCCAGAGUGCAAACCUCUCUCUCGGUUUGAGGACGAGGGCUUCCGAUUGGCUCUUCUUAUAUCCUUCAUCAGCAUGGCCAUUGUUCUCUUCAUGAGCUUCAUCUUCAUCACUUUCUGUCUGGUCAGCAUCGUGAGGCGAGAAGAGAGGACAAAGAUGAAGAGGGUGAGAAAAAGGGAGGAGGCAGAGUUUUGGCAACAAAUAGAUAUUGAGGGACUGGAGCAGCAGACAGAGGGGUUCCACAAACACAAAACCAAAAACAACAACAACAACAACAACAGGACAGAGGAGAGAAACAGCACACAGGAUCAUCCACCACAGCGGACAAUCAAACAUUUACCUACAGUGAUCUGUACAUUCCCUGCAGGUGUCACCAGCAAUCCUCCAAUUCUCAGAACAUCCAACUCCCCCUAAAACCCAAUCCACCAACUGACAACCCCACAAACACACUCAUCACCCAUAUACCACAACAUUCCUCCAUUACCUCUCCACUGUAACAGAUGUGUGCUCACUGUGGAGGACAGACACUUCUGUGAAUGCCACUUAAAGACCAGCGUUUGAAUGGACAUCACUUAUUCAGUCAUCUAAGUGAGACGCCUCAUAAAGACUAAGGAGUCCCACAAGACCCUACUGAGAAUUAAAACUUUGUUUUUAUAAUUGCAAAUGUGUGUUGCUCAGCUGUGUUCAAUUUAUUGCUGUGUAUUAUUUACUCUACAUGAAAUAAUUAUUUCAUUAAUUCUGCCGUUGUUAUACAGCCUACAAGAUCAGUAUUUACUGUAUACUGCAUGCUAAUUUCUGAAAUAGUAUGCAAAGCAGUGAACAGUAGGCAACAGUGUCUUAAUGAAAUGUUUUAAUUGUUUUAUAUUGUUAUCCAUGACCUAUUCCUUUAACAUUAAAGAUGCAGAUAAAAUUGUUGCUUGUUUGGGUGGUAUCAUCAUUAAAUGUCAUAUGUAAGGGCACUCCAGAUAAUAUAAUGUAUGAGAGCUUGCUUUAAAAUGAACUCAAAAUAAAAAUGUCUA